AUGUCUAGUGUCACUAUUGAGACUCUUGGGAUAACGCUGCCCAACAUAAAGCAGUUUAUGCAGGCACCGGCACCGACCUCUCACGCCUGGGUAUACGAAGGUCCCAAGUUCAACGCUACCGUCUUUGGUAUCCGCGGCAACGAAGAACGUAUUCCACUCCACGACCAUCCGGGUCUCUGCGGAUUUGUCAAAAUAACAUCUUUUUCAACGAAGUUACGCGCUGCGCCUCCGGAAGGCGGCAUUGUUGAGGCCCUCUUUGAAGGCCAGCGCCAACUUACGCCAGAGGACCAAGCUGUGCACUUGAUACCCGGGAACGGUAAUAUACACGAGAUACGAGCACUGGUACCGGCGACUUAUUUCUUUGACGUGCUGAUCCCUGGUUAUCGAAGCGAUGGUUGCGGCUAUUAUGCUCUCUCGGAGCCCGAUGCUGGACUGCCCCCACCAAACACGCCGACGCUCCUCCGCCGAAUUGCUGCCCCCGCCGAGCACACCACGCUAACCAUCCCCUACACCCCUGUUGACAGGUUG